GAAAGAAGGGAAUCAAAGAGGGAGGGAGGCAAUGGGAGAAGAGGAGAGGAAGGGAGGGAAAGAAGGGGGGAAAUGAGACAGGGAGGGAAGGAAUGAGAGAGGGAGGAGAGAACGAGAGUUAAGGAGGGAGGGAAAAGGAAUGAGAGAGGGAGGGGAUGAGAGGGGCAGACAGGGAGGGAGUGAAUGAGUGAGGGAGGAAGGGAAUGGUGGGUAAGAUAGGAAGGGAAGGAAUGAGAGAGUGAAGGAGGGAGGAAAUGAGAGGGGGGAGUAAGAGAGGAGAGAAGAGAGUGAAGAAGGGAAUGAGGAAAGGAGAGGGAGGAUAUGAGCGGGGAGGGAGAUAGUGAGGAAGGGCAGGAGGAAGUGAGUCGAGGAAUGAGGGCAGGACUGAGGCAAGGAAAGAGUCAAUGGAUUCAGACGGGGCGACUCUCGGCAAAUUCGCUCAUUCCUUGGUUCGGCCCCGCCAAGUGCCAGGUGCCGCGCUAGUGCGGGGACUCACUGAGCCUUGGCGAUCGCUGCUGUCCUCCGCAGAGCGCCGGAGGGGAGCCGCCCCCUGUCUCCCUGCCUCAGGGCCGCCCCCGCGCUGCUACCCGGCCAGGCCGGGAACCCCCGGGCCUACGUCUGGCCCGCCCGGCGCCUGCGCGGCGCACCCACGUGACGGCCCAGGCCCCCGCCCCGCCGGCUCCUCUCGCCCAGCCUCCCGCCUCCCGCCUCCCGCCUCCCGCCUCCCGCCUCCCGCCUCCCUCCUGCUGCGAGUGCGGCCUCGGCUGGCGGCGGCACCAGGCCACAGUGGUAAGGGAUCUUGUGGCUGUCAGGAUGGCGGAGGAGCAGGAGUUCACCCAGCUCUGCAAGUUGCCUGCACAGCCCUCCCACCCACACUGCGUGAACAACACCUACCGCAGCGCACAGCACUCCCAGGCUCUGCUCCGAGGGCUGCUGGCUCUCCGGGACAGCGGAAUCCUCUUCGAUGUUGUGCUGGUGGUGGAGGGCAGACACAUCGAGGCCCAUCGCAUCCUGCUGGCUGCGUCCUGCGAUUACUUCAGAUCCCAGAAAUUAUCCAUUUCUGCUGUGAUUUCCUCAUGUCCUGGGUGGACGAAGAGAACAUUCUCGAUGUCUACCGGCUGGCAGAGCUGUUUGACUUGAGCCGCCUGACUGAGCAACUGGACACCUAUAUCCUCAAAAACUUUGUGGCCUUCUCUCGGACUGACAAGUACCGCCAGCUUCCAUUGGAGAAGGUCUACUCCCUCCUCAGCAGCAAUCGCCUGGAGGUCUCCUGCGAGACCGAGGUAUAUGAGGGGGCCCUUCUCUACCAUUAUAGCCUGGAGCAGGUGCAGGCUGACCAGAUCUCGCUGCACGAGCCCCCAAAGCUCCUUGAGACAGUGCGGUUUCCGCUGAUGGAAGCUGAGGUCCUGCAGCGGCUGCAUGACAAGCUGGACCCCAGCCCUUUGAGGGACACAGUGGCCAGUGCCCUCAUGUACCACCGGAACGAGAGCCUACAGCCCAGCCUGCAGAGCCCGCAAACAGAGCUGCGGUCGGACUUCCAGUGCGUUGUGGGCUUCGGGGGCAUUCACUCCACGCCGUCCACUGUCCUCAGCGACCAGGCCAAGUAUCUAAACCCCUUACUGGGAGAGUGGAAGCACUUCACUGCCUCCCUGGCCCCCCGCAUGUCCAACCAGGGCAUCGCGGUGCUCAACAACUUCGUAUACUUGAUUGGAGGGGACAACAAUGUCCAAGGAUUUCGAGCAGAGUCCCGAUGCUGGAGGUAUGACCCACGGCACAACCGCUGGUUCCAGAUCCAGUCCCUGCAGCAGGAGCACGCCGACCUGUCCGUGUGUGUUGUAGGCAGGUACAUCUACGCUGUGGCGGGCCGUGACUACCACAAUGACCUGAAUGCUGUGGAGCGCUACGACCCUGCCACCAACUCCUGGGCAUACGUGGCCCCACUCAAGAGGGAGGUGUAUGCCCACGCAGGCGCGACGCUGGAGGGGAAGAUGUAUAUCACCUGCGGCCGCAGAGGGGAGGAUUACCUGAAAGAGACACACUGCUACGAUCCAGGCAGCAACACUUGGCACACACUGGCUGAUGGGCCUGUGCGGCGCGCCUGGCACGGCAUGGCAACCCUCCUCAACAAGCUGUAUGUGAUCGGGGGCAGCAACAACGAUGCCGGAUACAGGAGGGACGUGCACCAGGUGGCCUGCUACAGCUGCACGUCUGGACAGUGGUCAUCCGUCUGCCCACUCCCUGCUGGGCACGGUGAGCCUGGCAUUGCUGUGCUGGACAACAGGAUCUAUGUGUUAGGUGGCCGCUCACACAACCGCGGCAGCCGCACAGGCUACGUGCACAUUUACGAUAUGGAGAAGGACUGCUGGGAGGAAGGGCCCCAGCUGGACAACUCCAUCUCAGGCCUGGCGGCCUGUGUGCUCACCCUGCCCCGCUCCCUGCUCCUUGAGCCGCCCCGCGGGACCCCUGACCGCAGCCAGGCCGACCCGGACUUUGCCUCUGAGGUGAUGAGUGUGUCUGACUGGGAGGAGUUUGACAACUCCAGUGAGGACUAGGCUCCCCGUGCCUGGCAUCAGAGGGAAGGGAGGCUGGGGCUGCAGGGCAGUGAAACCCACGCAGCCUAGGCCAGAGCACGUUACUCCAGGCAGGGCCCCUGCCCCUGUUGGCCACAGCUUAUGGGCCCUGCCCUCUUUCUUCACACCAGCCCCUUGGCCAGCCUGCCGCAGGCAUCUCAGGGCCGUGCAGAUCCCAGGCUGUGGAUUACGUCACUGCAGGAACUGCUUCUGAAAGGCUUUGGCCUUCCUCAGUGAGCCCUGGAGGGGUUGGCCUUCUCUCCUCCCUGCCUAGAUCAGUCCUUCUCCAAAAGGACCUGGGAGCUGGCAGCCUGGGCAGGGGGGCUGAGGCACGUGGUAGCCCUCUUUCUGUGAAUGGGGUGGGGCUGUGGGGGCAGCUGGGGUUGGAGGAUGAGAGCUCCUGAGGGGCAGAGGAGCAGAGAUGCAUCAGCUCGCCUGGGACUGGCUCUGUGAUAAAAAGACCCCUCCCGCUGGGUUUUCAGACCCCAUGUUGUUGAUCAAUGAAAUAAAGCAUCUUACAGAAGGUGUUAACUGUU